AUGGGCUCAUCUUCUAUCCCAGAGGGCUUCCUUCGUCCGCAGGCUCCUGCUAAUGCCCGCCUACGACGCGUCAAUUUCCUAGAGACCAACCCCCCUCUGCCUGAAUAUAAGGAUCUCGUUGCCGCUGUCAUUGACGAUGUCCUGACGGAAGAUGAAUGUAAACAGUUACUUCAAAUUGCUGAAGCCACGACUGUCCGAGAUCCCUCUGGGCUUCCUACCUGGGAACGGGCCUUGAUCAAUGCUGGAGGGGGCAAACAGGUCCUAGCCACCGAUAGUCGAAACUGUGGACGGAUCUUUCUCGACAGUCACGAGUUAGCGGAUAGGCUUCUCGCACGUUUGAUGCCGUUUUUGAAGGAGCUUGGCGCAGAUCAGAUCAACAACCGGCCCCGUGUGACCGGUCUCGCGGGACGAGGAAAGAUAUUCAAUGUGUCCGGGCUAAACGAGAGACUCCGCUUCCUGAAGUACGAAGGGGGCGAAUAUUUUCUCCCUCAUUGCGACGGGCGCUAUACGACACCUGAUAAACAGGAAAGAUCCUACUUCACGGUGCAGUUGUAUCUGAACGGCGAUGGAGAGCAGGAUCUUAAGGAGCUACAGCGAGCGAUCAAGGAUUCAAAUAAUGCUCCUCAUUCGACCACUAAUCCGGAUUUGACGGGCAAGCUUCUUGGAGGAGCAACAUCAUUCAUGGCCAAUUUUGGGGACAAGGAUCGACGAGUCAGGGUGUUUCCGAGGACAGGAUCAGUGCUGGUAUUCCAGCAGAGCGAGCUGCUUCAUGGUGGAGAUCUUGUAUUUCGAGGGAUCAAAUAUACCAUGCGGACAGAUGUUAUGUACCGUGAGCAGACAACGUCAUGA